AAUAUUUUUUAUUGUUAUUUUAUAUGUAACUCUAAAAGUCACUCAAAAAUGUCUUCUCUACAAAAAGAAGUUGUUAAAUCAAGAGCAAAAAAUUUGCCUAAUCCAGCGAUUCUCUCUUCAAGGUUAAUGCAACACAAAGGACAUUAUAAAAGAGACUAUGAACCUGUUCAUUGGUCGCAAUAUUUUCAAGAUAGAAAAUCUAUAGCUAUAGCUGAAGAUGUAUUUUAUGCUUAUCAUCAAGGAAAUGAAGGACCACUCCUUGUUUUAAUACAUGGUGGUGGGUACAGUGGGUUAACUUGGGCCCAGUUUACAAAAGCUGUAACUGCAUUAGUUACAUGCCAAAUUAUGGCCAUAGAUCUUCGAGGGCAUGGCAGUUCAAAAACUAAAAAAGACGAUGAUUUAUCAAUUAAUACUUUGGCAAAUGAUGUAGUUCAUAUUUUAGAAGCUAUAUCUGAAAAUCGACCUAUUAUAAUGAUUGGCCAUAGUUUAGGUGGUGCUGUAGCUGUAAGAGCAGCUCCACUUAUUCCUAACGUAAUCGGAGUCAUAGUAAUUGAUGUUGUAGAAGGAACAGCAAUAGAAUCCUUAAGAUCAAUGCAGGGAUUUUUAAGAUCUCGACCAGCUCAAUUUUCAUCCAUUUCAAAAGCUGUAGAAUGGUGUGUUCGUAGUGGUCAAAUUCGCAACGUUAAUUCUGCCAAAGUUUCUGUGCCUGGCCAAAUUAAAAAUAUUGAAAAUAAUACUUUAGGUGCUGAUGAUCUAGAGCAUGAUCCGAAACCUGAUCCUAGCGAUGAAUCAAAUUCUGCAACUAGUGCACUUCCAGCACCCUUAGGUACAAUAGUGGAAGGAGAAUUAAGUAUAUCGUCUACCACAGAAGAAUCAAGUUCAGUAAAAUACACAUGGAGAAUAAAUCUUGCUCAAACUGAAAAAUAUUGGAAUGAGUGGUUUCAUGGACUAUCAUCAGCUUUUUUGGAAUUAGAAGCUCCAAAAAUGCUUUUGCUAGCUGGAGUAGAUAGACUUGAUAAAGAACUAACUGUUGGUCAAAUGCAGGGUAAGUUUCAACUUCAAGUGCUAACAGCUUGUGGACAUGCUAUUCAUGAGGAUGCACCAGAUAAGGUCGCCGAAGCUGUUGCUACAUUUUUGGUGCGCCAUAAAUUUGCAGAGCCAACUGCUGAUUUUACUUGGACUGUACCUUGCUGUUAAAAGAAAUUUUUGGAUAAGUUUUUUCAUUACUCUAAGUUGUGUACAUGGUUUGCAGUUCACUACUUUAUAUGAAUAUUGAGUUAAUCUAAGUGAAUAUCUUGAAAGAAACGAAUAUUGAAACUAAUAGUCUAUAAAAAUACAAUGUUUUGAAUAGUGAAUUUUCAUGUAUUUCUGUUUUUAAAUAAAGCUCUAUGAAUAUAAAUCCAA